UACUGAUUCCAGCUGGAGAUUACUGACCUUGACUGGAGAUUACUGACCUUGACUGGAGAUUACUGACCCCAACUGGAGAUUACUGACCCCAACUGGGGAUAACACUAACUAGUCCUGAAGUCAACUAAGAAACCAUGGCAACAGAUAUUGUGGUUGUGGACCGAAGCAUUAAAUGUGAGGAAUGUACAUGUAGUGUUGCCACGGGAGACGAACCAUGUGACAUUUGUAAGCAGACGUCUAACUCAGACCAUUGUGUUCUAGACUCUGUCAAAUCUGAACCUCACGAUGAUUUUCGCAGUGAUGAUUUUAGCAGGGAUGUUCUUAGCAGUGAUGAUUUUAGCAGUGAUGUUUCGAGUCGUAAAGCAUUUCAUGAAAGUGACAUUUCGAACCACCUUGAUAUUAAGCCAAAUAUUGAUCCAUUAAAUUCCGGCUCCGAUUAUCAACCAAAUGCCCUAAUUCAAACAGAGGAACUUUAUGAAUGUGAUGUAUGUAGUAAAACAUUUAAUGAAAGGGAUAUUGUGAACCACCUUACCACACACAGUGAUAUUAAACCAUUUAAUUCUACCUCCGACUUUCAGCCAAAUAUUGAUUCAUUAAAUUCUACCACCGGCUCUCAACCAAAUGCCCUAAUUCUAACGGAGGAAAGUUAUGAAUGUGAUGUUUGUAGUAAAUCAUUUAAUUCACAGGACAGUUUAAUAAAUCACCGUGAAAUACAUACAGAUAUCAAACCUAACGUAUGCCGCGAUUCAUUUGACUCUAAUGACUUUAUACCAGAUUUUAUCCAAUUUCAAGCGAAGCAAAACUCUUAUGAAUGUGAUGUUUGUAGUAAAUCAUUUAACAAAAAGACAACCUUAACAACUCACAUGAAAAUUCACUUGGAUGUCAAACCUAACGUAUGCCGCGAUUCAUUUGAAUCUAAUGACUUUAUACCAGAUUUUAUCCAAUUUCAAGCGAAGCAAAACUCUUAUGAAUGUGAUGUUUGCAGUAAAUCAUUUAACAAAAAGACAACCUUAACAACUCACAUGAAAAUUCACUUGGAUGUCAAACCCUAUAAAUGUGGUCUUUGCGACAAGGCGUUCCGUCUUAACGGGGAUCUACAACGACACAUCAAAAUUCACACGGGAGAAAAGCCAUAUAAAUGUGACAUUUGCGACAAAGCGUUUAUUAAAAAGAGUCAUCUCCAUCGACACAUUAUCACGCAUACGGGCGAAAAAAACUACAAGUGUGACAUUUGUAAUAAAUACUUCACUACUAGCUUCUAUCUUGUUCGACAUUCCAGAAUUCACACCGGAAUCAAGCCCUUCCAGUGUCAGAUAUGCAGCAAGCUGUUUAUGUCCGUCGGCGAAUUAAAACGGCAUCUCAAAAUUCAUUCGGGGGAAAAACCUUACGAAUGCGAUGUAUGUGGUAAAACUUUUUCUUGUAAAAGUCAUCUGAAGUAUCACGGGCGAACCCACACGGGGGAGAAGCCGUUUAAGUGUGAGAUUUGUGGGAAGUCGUUUAAUAGUAACAGCCAUCUACAUCGUCAUAUAAACCUACAUACAGGAGAACGGACGUAUAAAUGUGAUGUUUGUGGUAAAUCAUUUAAUGAUAACAAUUACCUACAAGGGCAUCUCAAGACACAUACCGGUGAAAGACCGUUCGUGUGCGACAUUUGCAACAAGUCGUUUGGAUAUAGCAGUGAUUUAAAGACUCAUAAGAGAAUUCACUCGGGCGAGAAACCGUUCCAUUGCGAUGUUUGUAGUAAAUCGUUUAGUUCUCGGAAGGUUCUGCGCAUACAUUUUAAAAUUCAUACAGGCGAGAAAGCUUAUAAAUGUGAUGUUUGCGAUAAAGCAUUUAGCACUAGCAGCCAUUUGCAAAGGCAUUCAGUUAUUCAUACCAGGAAGAAACCAUUUGUCUGUGAUGUGUGUGGUAAAUUAUUCAGUGUCAAAGGUUAUCUACAGAGACACAUUAAAACUCAUGAUAUCAAGGAACUUGAUGAUGAAGUCUACAGUGAUAGUAGAUCUAGUCAUCCAGAGGUGCAUAUUAAUGAAGAUAUUAAGUCAAUCUAGUUUAAUAACCAGGGCACUGAUAGCCUAGUAUAGCUAUGUUUUGAAGAAAAACCAGUUGUUUGUGGUG